UCAAAGUGAUCCACCAGCAAACAAAUCCACCUUUGAUCAGUGCCGAUCAGUCCACUUCAUCUCUGUCUCUUUCAUUUGAGUCUGAUGACGGUAUUUCGGUGGCAUCAAAUGACACAAUUAUCCUCUCAUCCCCUGAAUCUAUGUCAUCUCGAACACAACAGUGGCCAGAAGACUUUGCAAUUCCCCAAUUUUCAUAUGACACAGAGCUACAGCUAGAGAGGGGGAAUACUGAGUACCGUGUGAGCCAAAAAAUGUUGACUUUAAGCGCCCGAAUGCUGUCUGAUAUCCUGAAAAGAGUUGCAGAAGAAAUUUACCGUUACAAGGUCUAUCCAGAGGAUGCACAUUUCUGCGCAGCUGCAGAGGCCCUUAUCAAAAAGCACCCAUGUUUGAAAGAACCUGGAUCGUUCAAUGGCUGCUACGGUUGGAAACAACGACUGAAGUACAAAAUGGCAAACUACAGGACCCAGCUCAAAUUACAGGGGUAUCCAGAGCUGUGUGUAAACUCACUGAAAUCUAAAGCUACUACAGAUGCUUUCCCUGCUAAAAAAGUGAAGAAGCCAAAACGUUCUGAAGCUAACUUUUAUCCAUCCUUUCCUACUGGUGAGACUCUGGACAGCAUGGAAAAAGUGAGACUAGAACUUCUGACAGAGAUCGGGAUAAGGGACAAUGAAAGGGUCAUCGCAGACAAAAUGGCUAACACGUUUGCCUACAGGCGACAUGAGGUGGUAAACCAAGAACCAAGCAUUCAGGAACUGAAGGACAGAUGGCCUGCACUCUUCACACAGAAAGAGAUAAAUACAGAGUUCCAGAGGCUCAUGGCUGUUCCUCUUGAGUGGAAGUUCAUGGCCCAGUUAGACAUGCACUCAAGUCAGCUGAUCAAAGUCAUACGUGCCAAAGGAGGAGCAACACGCCAAAAGAUUGCGAACAUCAUGGACACAUUGGACCAGACUGUGGACAUUAAUCAUCGGAGGGAAUGUGUGCUGAAAGCCCUCACCAUCUUCCUGGGAGAAGAUGCAGAUGGCCUGAUCAAGGAAUACCUUGACUGUGGAGCAGAUGAUGUUCAGAGGGACCUGGAGGAGGUCACCAUGGCAGUGUAUAGGGCUUUGGAGCGUGAUGUCACAGGGACCCCGAAAAUGGCGCCGCGCUCCGCGGCGUGA